GCAAUAGAAGAAAAAUUUUUGCCGUUUUUGUAUCACGCCCCAAUAUCUAUCUAUAAAUAAGGUCAUCUUGUGUCGUCAACUUUUCGGUAUUGUAUUCUUUUUUUUUUUUUCUUGCUAAAGUGUGUUCUAUAUGCGAUAUCAUAUUUGAGAAGAAAAGUCAUUGUUUCGAAAAGUAUUAUAGUGGCAAUAGCAAGAAGAGUGUUUACAGGAAAAUCUAAAAUCUUGAAAGAAAGUGAAUUGAAAAGCUCUCAUAUAAAGCAGAAAUACAACUUAAAGCGUUUUGCGUUACUUUUUACAAGUCGACACGGGGUAGUUAAAAGCCAAAAUACUAUUUUGACGCUUUGCUGGAGAAAAAGAGAAAAAAGUUGCCGAAAAAAUUAAAUAUCAUGAAAAAAGGCAGUUCUCAUAAUAAGCACUAACAAACAAAUAUCAAUUUCCAGUCUGAACUAUAAUGGCUAAACAAAUCAAACAAUGAAAUAAUAACAUAUUCCAUCAUAACACACACAUUGUUCUAUUGAUUUGAUUUCUCAAAAUUUAAAAAUAAAUUAAACAAACAAAACAAUGGUUACUUGGUAUAGUAACCAACUUACACAAUGCAUCCUGCUAGUGCUUACCAUUUUAAGCGGAUUUCAUGUUGUCACAAUGCAAAAGCAAAUGUCAAAUUCGGAUAAUCCUUCCGAAUACAACAUUGGUGGUGUAUUAAGUCACAAUGCGAGUGAAGAACAUUUCAAAACAACAAUAGAUCAUCUUAAUUUUGAUCAAAAUUACGUGCCAAGAAAAGUGACCUAUUAUCACAAGACGAUACGAAUGGACAAGAAUCCUAUUAGAACUGUCUUCAAUGUUUGCGAUAAGCUCAUAGAAAAACGGGUUUAUGCGGUGGUGGUAUCUCAUGAACAAACGUCUGGUGAUCUAUCACCGGCAGCUGUCAGCUAUACGAGUGGAUUUUAUCAGAUUCCUGUAAUUGGAGUAUCCUCGAGAGAUGCUGCAUUCUCGGAUAAAAAUAUUCAUGUUUCAUUUCUGAGGACGGUGCCGCCGUAUUAUCAUCAAGCGGAUGUAUGGCUGGAGAUGUUGAGUCAUUUUGGAUAUACCAAGGUAAUUAUAAUCCAUAGCUCCGACACGGAUGGUCGGGCUGUACUCGGUCGUUUCCAAACCUCUUCACAAACCAAUUACGAUGAUAUUGAUGUACGUGCAACAGUUGAAUUAAUCGUAGAAUUCGAACCGAAACUCGAAGCUUUCACCGAACACUUAACCGAUAUGAAAUCAGCCCAAUCCCGUGUCUACCUCAUGUAUGCCAGCACCGAAGACGCGCAUGUAAUUUUCCGGGAUGCUGCCCUAUUUAAUAUGACCGAGGCUGGUCACGUUUGGAUUGUUACCGAACAAGCACUUAAAGCUAACAACACUCCUGAUGGUGUCUUAGGGCUUCAAUUGGAACAUUCAAAUAGUGAAAAACAACAUAUAAGGGAUAGUGUCUAUGUGUUGGCUUCAGCUAUAAAAGAAAUGAUGGCCAACGAAACGAUAACUGAGGCUCCAAAGGACUGUGGAGAUUCCGGUGUCAAUUGGGAAUCGGGUAAACGCUUGUUCCAGUACUUGAAAACACGCAACAUAUCGGGCGAUACUGGACAAGUAGCUUUCGACGAUAAUGGUGAUAGAAUCUAUGCAGCCUAUGAUGUGAUAAACAUCGGUGAACGUCAGGAAAAAAAUGUUGUUGGAUCAUUUUACUACGAUGCUGAUAAAGCAAAGAUGCGUUUAAAAAUUAACGAUAGCCAGAUUCUAUGGCCCGGUAAGCAGAGGAAAAAGCCAGAAGGGAUUAUAAUUCCAACACACUUGAAAGUCCUGACGAUAGAGGAGAAACCUUUUGUGUACGUAAGACAUUUGAACGACGAGGAGUUGAUGUGUGAUGAAGACGAGAUUCCUUGCCCGUAUUAUAACACGACCGAUGGCACUGAAGAUGACUACUGCUGCCGUGGUUACUGCAUAGAUCUUUUAAUAGCAUUAUCCCGUCGAAUAAACUUUACCUAUGAUCUCGCUCUAUCACCAGACGGUCAAUUCGGUCACUAUAUUUUAAAAAAUCAAACAACCGGUACCGGAAAUAUGGCCAUGAAGAAAGAAUGGACUGGACUUAUUGGCGAAGUGGUGAACGAACGUGCCGAUAUGAUUGUAGCCCCACUCACAAUCAAUCCCGAAAGAGCUGAAUUUAUUGAAUUUUCAAAACCAUUCAAAUACCAGGGAAUUACUAUAUUAGAAAAGAAACCAUCAAGGUCCAGUACACUCGUGUCCUUCUUGCAACCUUUUAGCAAUACUCUCUGGAUUUUGGUUAUGGUAUCGGUGCAUGUUGUGGCAUUAGUGUUGUAUCUUUUAGAUAGAUUCUCACCAUUUGGACGUUUUAAACUCACAAGCAACGACAAUACAGAAGAAGACGCUCUCAAUUUAAGUUCCGCCAUUUGGUUUGCAUGGGGAGUUCUAUUGAACAGUGGUAUCGGAGAGGGAACACCACGUAGUUUUUCAGCUCGUGUUUUGGGAAUGGUUUGGGCAGGGUUCGCUAUGAUCAUUGUAGCAUCAUACACUGCCAACUUAGCUGCUUUCCUCGUGUUAGAACGUCCCAAGACUAAACUUAGUGGUAUCAAUGAUGCUCGACUAAGGAACACAAUGGAAAACCUUACUUGUGCCACUGUUAAGGGUUCAGCGGUCGAUAUGUAUUUCAGACGACAAGUUGAGCUUUCAAAUAUGUAUCGGACAAUGGAAGCAAAUAACUAUGGAACCGCUGAACAGGCUAUACAAGACGUUAAAAAGGGUAAACUAAUGGCAUUCAUUUGGGACUCAUCACGACUGGAGUACGAAGCUGCCAAGGAUUGUGAACUUGUUACAGCUGGGGAGCUUUUUGGUAGAAGUGGUUAUGGGAUUGGCUUGCAAAAAGGCUCACCCUGGACCGAUGCUGUGACAUUAGCAAUUCUAGAAUUUCAUGAAAGCGGUUUUAUGGAAUCUCUGGACAAAGAUUGGAUCUUUCAUGGCAAUGUACAACAAUGUGAACAAUUUGAGAAAACUCCCAAUACUUUAGGUUUGAAAAAUAUGGCAGGGGUAUUCAUAUUGGUGGCAGCUGGUAUUGUUGGUGGCAUAGGACUUAUAAUUAUAGAAGUUGUCUAUAAGAAACAUCAAAUCAAGAAACAAAAACGAAUGGAAAUAGCUCGACAUGCUGCGGACAAAUGGAGAGGAACUAUAGAAAAACGAAAGACACUUCGUGCUUCUUUGGCAAUGCAGCGGCAAUAUAAUGUUGGUCUGAAUGCUAACCCUGGGACAAUAAGUUUAGCUGUAGAUAAAACUCGUUAUCCACGUUUAGGAGCUAGAGGUCCCGAACGUGCUUGGCCUGGAGACUCAGAGCUUGUUCGAAAUCGACGCUUAUAUGAAGAUUCUAGUAAAAAUGCUUUUGGAUGGAAGCAAUCGAUUUCAAAUCUUUUACCGCCUCCGAGAUAUUCGCCGGCAUAUACAACUAAUGUAUCACAUUUGGUAGUUUAAGCUUUUUGAAACAUUAUUUAAUUUAUGGUUUGUAAGAAAUAAUAUUAUUUGGCAUUUUUAACUUUUAUCCACUAUGAUCUUGAUUUAAGAUUGUAGUCUGGACUGUCUUUCCAUCUCACUAAUGAUUUCAGUUAACUGGUUACUGGUUACAUUUUAAAAUACUUCAGACGGCUCAUCUGAAUUUUGUUUUCUUAAAGCCAACUCCCAUUAUUUGUUUCGUUUAACUACUCAACGCAUUCUCCCAAAAAUGCCAAUUUCAAAAGCACAAGUAAAAUGAGCAAAAGCAAAAAGUAAAGGAAUUUAGUUGUUUAGAGACACGGAAUUUCGUGAACACGAAUCGCCAAUAAGUUCGUAAGGUUACAUUAAUGGAGUUGAGUCAGCUCCUUGUUUGAUUUUUUUUCAACACUUGCACCAUUCCUUAUAUACUGGACGGUUAAGUUGAAAGUAUAAUUUUAAGUUCUGUUUCGUCUUGUCAAGAAUUUCUACCAGCAGUUUUAACUGUGGAGAUUCCAAGAUUAUGAGAAGACCUCCAUUUCAAAUAUACCGUGACGCAACUAAAGUGUUGCCACUCAACUUGGCCAAAUAGAUAUAAAGAAGCUUAAAAAAAAUAUUACGAACAAUUUUAAACCAGAUAAACAAAAAAGAUUUGAAAAGAUGUGACAAAAAAACAUGCCAAAAAAGCAAAAGCAAAAUAAAAAGUAUUUUUACUAAACACCGAUUAAUGUGUAUUAUGGCAUUUUUCGAAAAUACAUAAUAAAAUAUCAUUUUAUUUGCCAUUUUGUAUUGAUAUCAAGUACAUUUAGCACUGAUUUUUCAAUCGUCAGUUAGGCUAUCAGAAGAAUAAAUGUCAGUAUAAAAAAAACUUUUAUUCCUAGGAAUAAGCUCUAUCUGAGGUUUAUCUGAAUAUUGAAAAAUUGGCCCUUAGUGAAAAUAAAGGUUUUCUACAUGUGUAUCUCUAAAAAUUUUCGAAGAAAUGAAUUGUUUUUUAUUAUUUAAACUGUUCUAAACUUAUUAUUGUUUAUUGCUUUAAAUACCUAAACAAAGUAUUUGACAAAGUCAAAAAUACCAAAGUUAAUUAAAAUUUGAUUAUAUUCAUAAUUUUAAGAAAACAAAGAAAUCGAAUGUUAACAUUAUUGUAAAAUACAAACAAAAACUAAAUUUAAUGGUAGUAAAUAAAAUUGAACGCUAAAUUGAAAUAAAUACAUAUAUUAUAUAAAAAAACAUUUAAACAAACAAAAUUAAAACAAAAAAAACUAAACCAAUACCAAACAAAACCACACAAAAUUAAAUUUCAAAUCAACGAACAUUCAGUCUUCUAGAUGUAGUUUGAUCAUUUUUCUAAAAUUCUUCCAUAUUAAAAAAAACAAA